UUCUUGAGCCUCACGCAACACGGAGCGAAACAUCUGCCUGAGCGUAGUAAUACUCGGCAUCUGGCUAUAGAACAAGAGAAUACUAGGAAUCAUUGGAUAACUAGACGCGCCCGGGAUGUCGCAACUCGAGAUCGGUGUGCGCGGCAUCACGCUGGUGCCCCAAUCCACGGGGUACGGGCUGCUGAUCGGGCUCGGCGUCGCCUUCUGCGCCGUCAUCCUCGCCGCUAUCAAGAUCCAGAAGGCGUACCUUUCGGAGGACUCGGGCACGUCUGAGAUGUUCAUGGUCGCUAACCGGUCCGUGGGUAUCGGACUCACGGCCUCGGCGGUGUUCUCUUCGUGGAUGUGGAUCAAUGAGACGGUGUUCGCGGCGGCUAUGUGCUAUAGGUUUGGCUUGGCGGUACCUUUGUGGUGGGCAACAGGCCUCUGCUUCCAGAUCGCGCUUAUGGCGGCUCUCGGAGUGUUGGCCAAAAUCCGUGUACCGUAUGCUCACACAUCACUCGAGAUUAUUAAGAUGCGGUACGGGAGGAUAGGGCAUGUUGUCUUUAUCGUGCUGAACCUGAGUAACAACGUGUUCGGGUGUGCUUCUAUGAUCCUCACGGGCUCUCAGCUUAUCUAUGGGAUCUCUGGGAUGCACUUCGUUGCUGCUACUAUUCUUAUUCCUCUUGGAGUGGUGCUCUACACAGCAGUAGGCGGUCUUAAAGCGACCUUCCUCACGGACUACCUUCACACAACCAUCGCUCUAGUCCUCAUAAUGUACUUCACGCUCAGCAUCCUAACCCACGAAGCCGUCGGCGGUCUCAGUGGGCUUUACGACAAAGUCAUGGCUACCGCCGCCGAGAACUACAUCCCGGGGAAUUACCAGGGCUCGCUUCUGACCAUGAAGUCUAAAGACGCUAUCAUUUGGGGCUUGAUUCUAAAAUUCGGCAACCUGGCCCUCGUUGUCAUGGACACCGCGUUCUGGCAGAAGUCGUUCGCAUCCGAGGUCAGCGCCACGGUGCCGGGCUACAACCUCGCAGCUGUCGCCAUCUUCGGGAUCCCAUGGGGACUGGGAACUGUGAUCGGGCUUGUGGCGCGCGCAAUCCACAAUACGCCCAUCUUCCCAUCGUACCCGGGCGAGUUCACCACCACGGAAGUUAAUGCGGGACUGGUCAUGCCGUACACGGUGAAGGCGUUGAUCGGCGACCGCGGCAUCGUCGCAUUUUUCGUUCUGCUGUUCAUGGCGUUGACUUCGACUGUGUCUUCCAGUAUGAUCGCCGUGAGCUCGAUCUUGUCGUUCGAUGUGUAUAAGAACUAUAUCAACCCCAAAGCGGAUGACAAGCGUUUGUUAAAGGUGAGCCAUUUAGCCGUCGUAGCGCACGCUAUUUUCAUUACGGGCGUGUCGCUCGCGCUGAAUUAUGGAGGCGCGGAUAUGACUUGGAUCGGAUACUUCCGCCCGAUUCUUUCGUGCAGCGGUAUCAUACCGCUGGCCUUUACGCUGUGCUGGUCGGGCCAGACACGGCUAGCCGCCAUCACAUCCCCGAUCCUGGGGUUCGCGACGGGACUCGGGAUCUGGCUUGGCACAGCCAAGGCACUUUACGGGACUAUCAAUUUAGCUACGACUGAGGAAGGGCUUCCGGCGUUAUACGGUGCGUGCGGGUCGCUGUUCUCGCCGGCGAUAUACUCGAUCCUGAUAUCGAGGUAUCGCCCCUAUAAAUUUGACUGGAGGGAAUUCCUCCGCAUCGAGCUCGCGGACGAGUACCAAAUCAACCCGCACGCAUCCGAAAAAUCGGAAGAGUCUUCAAUCAACGAUGAGAAGAAAGACCACAGCAAAAUUAAAGUCGACGAUGAGAAAACCCCUACCCCUCCCGAACCCGUAUUCCUCUCCCUCGAACUCCCCACCUCCUCGUCCGAGGAAGAAGUCUCCAAAAACACAUCCUCCCCCACCACCGCCACCGCCCACAACCCCCGCAAACCGCACACCCCAAUCCCCCUCUCCGAAAUCCAACACCCCUUCUCCGCCUCCACCCUGCAAGAGCUGCGACACUGGUACCGUCUCGCCUGGAUCUUCUUCAUCUUCAUCGUACUAGUAACCUUUGUCGCAUGGCCCAUGCCACUAUACCGGGACUACGUGUUCACGAAGCCGUUUUUCAGCGGCUGGGUCUCCGUCGCUAUUGCGUGGCAGUUCUUUUCGUUUCUGGCGGUCGCGGUGUAUCCGCUGUAUGAUGGGCGUAGGGAGAUUGCGAAGGGGGGGAGGGGGGUUUGGAAGGCUUUGCGGGGGUGGAGGUGGGGGAGGGGUUGAGCUGAGGAUUUAGGGGAGUUAGGGGCUGUGUGAGCGCUGGGGUGGGGAGGGAUUGAUUGUAAUUUGUAAGGUGUUGGUACUGUAUGGAUGGAUAGAUUAGAGGCGUAGAUUUCUUGAUAAUGGGUCUAUCAAUUGAUGUGAGUAUUAUAGAAUACCUACUUAGAUGAUCAUUAGGUAUAUACCACAAUCUAACUAAACUACAUGGC